CUGCUCGUUUCCAUCGUUGUCAAAACAAUUCUCUGCGGAUUUCUCCGGGGUUUUGAGGGCACUACGAACCGUGCUAAAAAAAAAAAGUGAUAUGUUUUGCUGCCUCCAAAUGCUGCCCGGUCCGCUGAAGAUUUGCAUGGGACUGUGCCUUCAUCAGGUUGUCUCUGAGGAAGACAAGAAGGCUCGAGGCCACAGCUCUAAAAUAGAGCAAGAUCUUAGUGAUGAACAGGCCAAACGGGAGACCAAUGUUGUCAAAAUCCUCCUGCUCGGUCCUGCUGAAAGCGGAAAAAGUACGCUCGUCAAACAGAUGAAACUCAUCCACAGCUGUGGCUUCACCAAACAGGAGCUCAUUAGUUUCAAGCCAGCCAUUCUGGACAACCUUCUGACCUCCAUGAAGUUUGUUCUCCAAGGCAUGGGCAUGCUUAGGAUCAACCUCUCCAACAAGAACAACAAGGUGCACGCGCGAACCCUGCUGUCCUGUGCUCAGUGUGUGGGGGAGGACCAGGCGCUGGUCCCCUUCCUGGGCCACGCCUUCUGCUCCCUGUGGGCGGACCAGGGGGUGCGGGCGGCCACGGCCCGGGGCCACGAGUUCCACCUCAACGACUCGGCUGUCUAUUUCUUUGAGGACAUGAGUCGGAUCGUUGCUCCCAACUACAUUCCGACUGAGCGGGACGUCCUUAGAGUGAGGGUACGGUCGUGUGGAAUCAUCGAGACACAAUUCACAGUCAACAAUAUUAUCUUUCGGAUGUACGAUGUCGGGGCCCAGCGGAGCUGCAGGACCAAGUGGCUCAGCUGCUUCGACUCGGUCCAGGUCCUACUGUUUGUGAUCACGCUGAGCGGCUACGACAUGACCCUGAUGGAAGACCCCUCGGUGAGUCGACUCACGGAGAGCCUUGAACUUUUCACCGCAGUCUGCGACAAUGUCAUGUUUCGAAACACUACAAUGAUUCUGUUCAUGAACAAAACGGAUCUCUUUCGGGAGAAGAUCUUGUACUCUGGAAGACACUUGAGAUUUUACCUCCCCAGUUAUCAAGGAGCAGACCGGGACGUGGACGCCGCGGCCCUCCACGUCGCCGCCAUGUUCGUAGCGUGCAGCGACAGGCGCGGCGCGCCGGUCUUCCACCACUUCACCACGGCCACGGACACGGCCAACAUACAGGUGGUCUUCCAGGUGGCCGUGGAUCAGAUCAUCAAGGGCAGCUUGGCCGCCGACCCUCUGCUCUAGAGGCCUCUGAGCCGGGCUGGGGGGUGGAGGGAUCGCUUUUUAUUUGAUCGGUUCAGUCCAGCACCGGUCGAUCAACGUUUUGUUUCAACGUGGACGUUUGUUGUUUUAUGUCGCUGUCGGUUUUGGUGAUUGUUCAGUCCACGGCCGAUGUUUUAGUGUAAACAUUUUAAUUCAUUUUAAUAAAAUAUGUAUUUAAGUCUG